AAGGGUCCAGUGCCGAUGGGUACAUAGAGAAAUCAAUUCUUAGUUUUGCGGACUGGCGUGAAAAAGUGUGAUGGGAAGGAAGAAAAAAAACACCUCUCAGUCAUUCAGUUUUGAAAAUUGAACUUUAAAGUCAGUUGUGCUCAGAACGUUGAGCAAGAUAGACACAAACUGGUCAGGAAGCAAGAGAAAGCCGGGUGUAAAUGUUCAAAAGUGCAUGACGACUUGUGUACGAUACUUCCGUUGUGAAAGCGCGCAAUUUUUCAAACGCCAAUACUACAUGUGCACAAAUGGUGUGAUUGCAAAAAACAUCUGAAUACAUAUCGUGCAUUACUUCAAAAAGUGCCUAAAGCUACUAAAUGUGUGCAACUAUUUGUUAUAUCUCCCAUAUGCAUUGCGCAAGGACACGUGCCAAAAAAUCGUUACUUCAAUUGUGUGUGCAUUUCAAACGAGUACAUGUGAUACGGAAAACCAUGCUGCGAUUAACUAGGAUUCUAUCUAAAAUUACAGUGGUUUCGCGCUGCCCAAUCUCAUGGAUGCUAGUGAUCAGUGCAUGUAUAAUGGGUACACAUUGUUUGCCUUUAGACCAUCUGAAGUUGCAAGAUGAUCUGUGGAAGAAUCCGUGUACAGUGAAUAAUUUUAAGUCCUCUAAUGAAACCAAAACAACGCUUUCGCCAACAGAACGGAGAGACCAUCUGAUUAGGAUAAAUGAAUCAAUCACUAGAACAUUGCUCGAGUUGACGCAAAUAACAGACAACCAAGAGAAUACAGACUGGAAUUCAGCUCAAAAUCAGGACAUUUACAAAUUCUUGAAACCAUUCAAAAAGAAUCAAACAACAUGGGAACGACAUGUCCAAAUUUACUUAGCAUCCGUUGAAGUGAUUUAUAAAAUGCAGGUAAAGAUCGAAAAGUCAACAAAUUCCGAUCAUAGCCAGUCCGAUAAGCUAAAAGAACUGCGAGGCCAAACGAAAGCAUUGCUUUGUGGCAUACAUGAAUUUAGAAACAAAACGAAAAAUCGUAAGGAAAAUCACACUGGAAUUUCGGCAAAGCAAAUGAGCGAGAAAAUCAAUUUCAACAUGACGGAAGACUUGAUCACGAUGGAUCUCCACAAGCAUUUCCUAAAAUGUCGCUUCCAGUGCUUCCUGGAGGAUAUGCAACAUCAUGUCAACUCUUUGAUCGAAAAGCUAACGAAAGGCAGACCAACGCGAAAGGUUCGCACCACAAAAAAACCAAGAAGGAAGCCGAAAAAGGGACAUAACAGAAGAAAUGAGCUCAAGAAUAAAUGCUGCAUUGUAAAUAAUACGCCAACAAGCUCGACCACGCCCAGCCUACCGGUAGGUGAAGUACGGAAAUCCAACAACAAUAAAAAGAAGUUUAGUGCAAGCCAACAGCCAAAAUUAAUUAAGCAAAACCAGAAGAAAGUUCAGCGCAAAGGUAAUAAAAAGUCAGUCCAGUAAUUUCAAAUGGGGUUCUCUUGAAGUAGAAUUCCUCUGCCGACCGUAGGACAAAUGCCAAGCGUGUGAAAUAGUUCACUUUAUAGAAGACAAACAUUAAAUCAAAUUUAAAUGCCUUACGCUUCAAAUAAGUAUUUGAUUAUUACGAUAAAAGUGAGAUAUUCACAUAGUUACUAAUGCAGCAAUGAUACAGUAUUCAUAGAAGAUUAGAAACAAAUCGAUGCAUUUCACUUACUUAAUUUUAUGUUUCAUUACGAUAACCAUAUGAAAUAA